AUGGUCAUAGGAGGGGCCCGCCGGGGUGGGGACGAAUCCGCAUGUGUUGGAAGAGGUGAUAUAUUCCAGGCCAGUGACGAAGACAAAGAAGAGGAUGCCAAGGGACAAGACCAGAACACCGAAUCCGAAAAGCAGGCAGGUGAAGAUGAAGACAAUGAUCUCCAAGAAUGCCAGUCCGAGUCCGGACAGAACGUAGGCAAGUCAGAAGGUUAUGGUGAGGAGAAGGAGGAGGUCGGUGAGGAGAAGGACAACGAUGAUGAAGAUGAAGAGGAGAAUGAUCUUCCAUUCUCUGCUGAAGAAGCUCAAUUCCGUGUUCCUGACUUCCUCGUCAUCCUGACCAAGGCGACCCCAGAACGCAACACGCAGUUUCGCAACGCCCUGAUUUUUUGGGAGCUCAAAGACUGCCAAGGACACGAUACUGCGACUAUGCUUGCUGCUAAUGAACAGAUGCAUAGGAGGGCGCAGAUCAUGCACGCGACGAUCCCUCAACUCGUUCAGCAGGCCCAGUUUCUCUUCGAACACUCUCCAGAACAGAAAAUUGCUCUUGGGAUGGUCGCUGUUGGGCUUUUCUUCCAUCGCACUCGUAUGCCGGCUCUUUCGCGAGAUGGCAAGCUCAAGUUGCUUCCUCCGAUGAAAGCUGCCAAAAUUCCCACCAUCUCCAAUAUACACCCCAUUUUCAACGAAUCAGGGACUGAAUAUUCGGUCGCGUUCAAAAUUAUUGGACCAUUUCGAGGAAGCGGGCAGCCGAGAUGGAGGGUGGAAGUUGAAUGUUAG